AUGUCUUAUCAUCAUCAUCAUGCUCAACAACGUCCUCGACGUAUCAACGAAGAAGAUGUUCCAGAAUCGAAACACACUAUCUUCAUCAGAGGAUUACCUGGCAAUAUGUCGACAGAUGAUAUUAAAAUAUUCUUCGAAGAUAAAAUAGGUCCUGUUUCUUUCGAUUUUGUUCGAUCAAGUCCAGAUAAUGCUCGUCUAUUCGUUGCCGUACGAUUUGAGUCCCGUGAGGAUGCUAAGACAGCCAUGAAAAGAUACGCUGAUGAUGAAAUACUUGGAUACAAAUGUGAUAUCACUUGGUUCCGUGAUAUACGGAGGUUCGCCCAGUAUAAAGCAGUUCAAGUGAAAAAUCGUGGAAGGUCUUCUUCAACUUAUGGACGUAAGAAUCAUAAGAACAACAAGUAUCGAGAUCGCAGUCGAUCACGUAGUUCCUCAUUCAACAGCUCUAGAUCCAGUGGCUCUAGAAGUCGUGCGAGCAUUAGAAGCCGUUCUUCCUCCAGAGAAUCGUAUAACUAUCGAAAACGAUAUUCAGAAGAGAGUGGAGAUGAGGAACGAGCUAAAAAUCGUAAGAAAGGAAAAGAGAAAUCACAGUUUUCAAGAAGUAGAAGCAGUUCUAAUGAACAUUCCAAACAGAGCUCUAGGAAUCCAGAUACGCCUCCUAAGCCAGCAAGUAUGGUCAAAGAUGAUAUGAGAGUUUUUGACAAAUUGUCGGAUAAAGAAUCGUCUGAGCCUCCGUGUGUCAGAAGCCCUCCUUCUUCGAAUCAGUUAAAACUACAUUUGAAAGAAUUGACAGCGAAAAUAGCAGAACAAGCAGCUGAAUUGGCAGAGAAAGCCGAAUUACAGUCGAGUGUGUCAAAGCCAAAAUCUCCCAGUGAGACGCCGCCUCCUGAAGAGCAGCCAGAUUUUGAUCAACCUCUAAGGAAAGUAUUUGCUCAUAGUGGUUCCUUUGAUGAGCCAAGAAGGACAAAGGUUGAACCUGAAACGAUAAAAGCGUCGAUUCCAGUUAUUGAACCUCGCAUUCUGGCUACUAGCUUAGUACCUAAGCAAGUGAGAAAUUCGAAACAAAUCUCAAAUAUUUCAUUACCACCUGCUGAACAUAAGCCGUCCAGUAAGAACAUGUGGACACCUAUCGAGAAUCAAAAAUUUGAAGUCGAGCCAAAACCGCUGAAGUACUUCCAAUCUCUCAAGGAGAUACAAACAAGUGCUUUGGUAACAGUGAAAGUCUUAACGCCUGAAGAAGAAAGUGGGAACCUACGAUUGUCAAAUUUAUGUGUUCCGAUCUCAGAAAAAAAUAUACUGCGAAGCUUACGAGACAUCGAAGACAAAAUAGACGGCCUUGAAGAGUUCGAUCGCGAGAAAUUCCUUGUUCAUAAGCGGAAGCUAGAGUUAUCGUUCCGCAACGAUUGUGAUACCUUCGCUUUUGUGGCAAAAAAGUUGCUGGAGAAAGAUGAAAGCUUGGAAAAAGCUCUACGAAUGGCAUUGAUAGAGAACAUGGAAGAUUUGGAGAAGCAGCUAUUGGAGAAGCUUGACGCCUACUUAUUCUAG